AUGCAUCAAAACACCCCCUGUGGCGUCGAAUUGGAGGAAGGAGGACCUUCGGUGGCCGUCCCGACUCCGGAGUGGAAUUCGAGCCGUAGCCGCUCUACAAGAUCUGGACCCAGUCAGACUGAAAAGCAGUUCCCAUGUGCGCUGGAGAAAAAGCGACAGGACCGCCGAUCAUGCACCCCGGGGAAGGUUGACGAGACGAAUCCGAAGCUGGAACCUUGCAGAGGAGGACGGCGGGACGAUGACGAGGAGCGAGACUCGGACCACUCACCUCCUUCCUCCGCAGGGUCACGGGACCCCGCCGAGCACAAAUGGCGGGCCGGAAAGUAG